CCAGAACAACAACGAAAUCAAAAGUAUUCUCGAUGUGGCUGGUUUGUUUGGCUUUUUAUAAAUGAAAAAUCAAGCAUGUGAUGUGAUUCUAUGUGCUGAGCUGAGAGAGAGAUAGAGUGCGUGUUGUGAAUAUAUUACGUUCAGUACGAUUUUGUUUGUUGUGGCACGAUAACCGCAAACAUUAAAUUGGUGAGCUUAAAAUUUCAAAUUGAAAGGAAAUUCGCCAACAACGUCCAACGACUUGUGUCCUUGGGGAAUCAAACAUUCUGUGGUUUUAUUAUAUUCUUUACUUCAGUUGUUUGGCAAGAAAUUCUUCUUCAUAAUCAUCAUGCUAUUCGCUUGUCAUCAAAUGGCAAUGGAACGCGAGGCGAUCCUAAAGAAACAAUUACAAAUUUUACAAUCCGAACAAAGCAACCAAUCGGAUAGCACAUUUCAACCCGUUCCAGUGCCAUCUGCAAGCAGUGACAAUGUUCCAGUUAUAUGGAUUUUGGGCGGACCAGGAAGUGGCAAAGGGACGCAAUGCGCCAAAAUUGUGGAGAAAUUCGGCUUUAGCCAUUUCAGCACGGGUGAUUUGUUGAGAGCCGAAGUCGCUGCUGGCACCGAUAAAGGUAAAGAAUUGUCGGAAAUCAUGAAACGCGGGGACCUCGUACCAAACCAAGAAGUUUUGGACUUGUUGCAAAAGGCAAUGAAAGAAGCUCUCGGUAAAUCGAAAGGUUUUUUGAUUGACGGAUAUCCUCGUGAAAAAUCGCAAGGUGUUGCGUUUGAAAAAUCAAUUGCUCCAGUCGAUUUGAUCAUCUCACUUGAAUGUAAACCGGAAACAAUGGUAUCGCGUAUUUUGAAACGGGCUGCUGAAUCGGUUGAAAAGCGUGCCGAUGAUAAUGAAGCCACAAUUAAGAAUCGCAUUGAAACCUUCAUCAAAAACACCGACGAAAUUUUAAGUCAAUACCCAUCACAAACCAAACGGGUCGACGGCGAACGAGACGUGGAUGCAAUUUUUUCCGAAGUUUCAGAAGCCAUUUCUGCUGUGGUUGCCAAGAAAUCAUGAACAUUUUGCACACUACACAAAUCUCGACAAUACAUGCAAUAAAUACAAACAUAUAUACAACACCAUUUAAAAAUCUAAAUGUGGAAAUUUGUUUUCGAAAAAUUGGACCAAAAAAUAACAUUUUCUGGCGCUAAUGAAUGGAAGCAAAACAGUGCUAUUGCAAUUCAUAUUACUUACAACCUAAGAGAAUGACACCAAAGUAAUCACAAAUUUUAACUUUCAAUUAGCAAAUUGAAUUUGUCAGUAAACAAUUUUUCUUGUAAUUUAAUGUUAUGUAAAGUAAAAUAAAUUAAUAAAAGACACUCUUCACACAAA